CCUCCUUGUUUCUGUUCUGAUUAAACUCUCCUUAAUCCCGGUGACUAUCUUUCUGUGGAAUAUAGUUCCUGUUUUUCUCAGGUUGUUAUUUAGGUUUUCUUUUCCACCAUUGCAGGAAGUCUGACUUAAAAUAGAGCUGCAGACAUUAAGGCCAUAAUUGCCAUGUGGAAAGCCUGCACUCCUGCUGUUUUUCUAGGGUGGGGGUAGAUUUGUGCUCUCCUUCAGCCCUUCAUGUGUGUCUGGACAAGUGGCGGAGAGUGACGUGACUCUCUCUCACACAGGGCCAGCACUGAUUCACGCCAGGAAGCUUUCUCCAGCCAUGCUGAAGCAGAUCCUGUCCGACAUGUAUGUGGACCCAGAGCUCCUGGCUGAGCUCAGCGAAGAGCAAAAGCAGAUAUUGUUCUUCAAGAUGAGGCAGGAGCAGGUCAGAAGGUGGAAAGAAAGAGAAGCAGUAGCUACCACCCCAAAGCCAGUACUGAAGAAAGACCAUGGAAAAUCUGUGCAGUGGAAGCUUGGUGCAGAUGGUGAUAUCUGGGUAUGGGUAAUGGGAGAACACAGGCUGGAUAAACCAUAUGAUCUUCUGGCUAGUGAGAUUCUUGCUGAAAGCGUGAAGCAACAGUCACUUCAGCAAAUAGAGACAAUAAGAACACCACCAAUGGAAAAAGUCACAGAGAGUUUGGUAUCAUCUCCUCCACAGUUUCUAUCAGAAUCUGGAUUUGAAAUACUGCGAGACAAUAACAUUUUUGUUCAAAGAGAUGUACCAAAGAGAGUGGAAAACACACCAGCUGUUGGAAAUCACAGAAAUCUAGAAUGUAUCCAGGCUCCUAUGACUAAACUAAGAGAUGUGGAGCAGAUAUUGGAAGGCUAUUGCUCUAAUUCAAGCAAAUAUAAUUUUCAGAAGAAUAGAGAAAUGCCAAUGAAGACAACCACCAGCAAGACCAUAACAGGAGAAGAAAUAACUUUAGAUUAUCCUUCUGAAUCAAUUCAAAAACCGGAUAAAGAAGAUCCCGUUUGGCUAGAAUCUUUACAGAGGUCCAAAGCAGCAGAUGAAAAGCGACGCUCCCUUGCCAAACAUGCACGAGAUGACUACAAGAGACUGUCAUUACAGGGCAUCCACAAGGACAAAGCAGCUGAUCUUUCCCAAAUCUUUAAGAGAGAGGAGCAAAGAAAGCCACUCCCUCCACCUCUGCCACCAAAGCCUAAAAACCUUACAGCUAAAAUAGCCGAUGGGAAACCAGAGAGAAAACAGAGCUCACAAAGUUCUAUCUCCAGUUCUCCUCGGGAGAGUAUAGGUCAAUGGUUUAAAGAAGAGCAGAUCAAUUUCCGAGCCGGCUCUGAAAAAUCAAUGGAUCAGAUAGCACCUUGGUUUCACGGUAUUUUAACCACCAAAAAAGCAGAAGAACUUUUAGAGGGUUUGGCACCUGGAAGCUUUCUCAUCCGAGUCAGUGAAAAAAUCAAAGGCUAUGUUCUCUCCUAUUUGUCAGCAGAGGGCUGCAAACAUUUUCUGAUAGAUGCUUCUGGAGAUUCAUAUAGUUUCCUUGGUGUUGACCAACUCCAACAUUCAACAUUAGCUGACCUAGUUGAAUUUCACAAGGAUGAGCCCAUUACAUCAUUGGGGAAGGAACGACUUCAUUAUCCCUGUGGACAACAAGAAUAAUUACCAGAUUAUCUUGAUCUUUUUGAGUGAUUGUCAAGUGCAAGAAAAUCAGGAAGUCCAGGCAGUUCAAAUGAAUAUAAAGAUUUAUUGCAAACUUAUACGUUCUACAAGAAUCUGAACUGUUAAUGGUCAAAGCAAAUAGGUGGUAGAUAAGAAUGAAGUUCAUAGGGAGAUUUCUUGUGGACACAAGGGAUUUGAGAUUGAUGAUGCAUUAAUCUUUCUCAGGCUCAGCCUGGUUGUCUUCUACAGAUAUUUAGAAAAUCCAUUUAUCAUAUGGAGGAAGUUUAUGGAAUGAGGAGCUGCUGACAUGGAGCCAAAAUCCUUCAGUUAUUACAAUAGUUCCUUAACUGUAAAAAUGUAAUUUAAGUAUAUUUGAUAAACAAAAACUAAAUUCAAUCAAGAAAAAAAUGGGAUCAAAAUCCUAAAGAAAGCAGCAAAGGAAUAAAGCUACCAUUACAGGCAAUUGUGGUAAUGAACUUUCUUUGUUCAAACUGAAACCUGACUGCGUGAAUUGCUGUUAAAUGAAAUUAUAAGGAACUAUUCCAAAGAGUUGACAUUUGACAUUCUUGAAAGGUUUGUAUUGUACUUACAUUCAUAAUUGUUUUAUAUCUCCACACUUUACUAUAUUGUAAGCUACUCAAAGUCACCAAGUGCUACAACAUGGGCACCAUAUAACAUUAAUGAAUAAAAAUUAAAUAAAUAAAAUCAUUGAGGAAAACUCCAAAUGCAGAAGUAAUUAGAAGUAUCUUCAUAACUUCAAAUACCCUGAAAGGUUGGCUUUCAUCAUCAGGAACAAGUAAUGAGUAUAAACAUGUCUGUAGUGCAUCAUAGAACAAUGUGUGCAUUAGAGCUUCCAACUGUUCACAUUUUUCUUGCUGUAUUCUCUGCUAAAACAACAUCAACAGAGUUGUUUCAUAGGGGUUGUGUGUUCCUUUAAAAAUGAUAGCAGACAUUGCAUGGAUCAAAACUCUUCACUGUCAGUUCUAUGGCCUAGUUCUUUAAAAAAUUGAGUCUUGGCAUACUGGCAGGGCAUGGGAGAAUCAGAUACAUUUUUGUAUUAGCAUAUGUAGAGGGGAGAGAAGGGGAGAGAAGGAGGAGGAGGCUUUCUUGGCGGGAAGAGGAGGAAAGAGAGAGAGAGAGGGGGGAAAGACAAAAAAGGCCGGAAGUUGAGAGAGGAUAACUACCUUUUGGAGGGAGGGGAAAAAAGAGACCUAGAAGGAUAGGAAAUGAAAAAAGAGGUCUGGGGAAAGGGAGAGGGAGUGAAGUCAAUAGGGAGGAUAGGAGAGACUUCUGUGAGGCAAGCAGAGGAAACCACGAAGGAGCAGUGGAAGGAAAGGCGAUUCAAGAGAGGGUGAGAGGAGAGAGAGAGAAAGGAAAAAGGGCCAACCAGCCAACUGAAUACCAUCUCAUCAUGUGACCCGCCAGUUGGGAAAAGACUGACCAUCGCCCCAUCGCGUGACCAGCCUGUUGAGAGAAGACUGACAACCACGACACUGCAUGACCUAAGCCAAUAGAGGUGCCUGAGAGACGGGCUAGUGGGGACCUGUGGCCAUACCAAAAGGGCAAAGAGAACCCGGAUUCCAGCAGCCCUUUUGGGGGUAGCACUACACCCGGACAUAACUAAUUUUGUAAGCAUGGGUACAAUGUGCUUUUUCUUCCUUUUUCUUUUGUGUCCAAGCUUACUAGGACAAAUCAUUUCCUUGUCUGAAGAAGCUGGUGUAUGAUAGACAAAUAUAGUAAAUAGCCAGCAGUGAGAGAAGAGCCUUUAGCAACAAAUACUCAAGGAAGGCAGAUGGCUACUGAAUGAUGACUGCAUAAAAAAAAUAAACAUUACAUGCCUCAGGAUUUUAUUCUUUUCUCUGAAAAUGUUACCAAUAAAUACGUUUUUGCAACAGAACAAGCACAGUCACUACCUAUUCUAAUUGUGCUUCAGUUCACUUGAAAAUAAUCUCAGCUAGACCAAGAGGAAAGCACUCAUUAUAAUAGAUGCAGGAUUAAUAAAUGCAUUGUCAAAGGCUAUUUAUAUUCUAUAUUCAGAAUUUGGACAUGUCUCAAGAUUCCUUAUUUUUCUAGUUAUUUGUAAUAUUUAACUACAUCUGGAAAAUAUACUUCUAUUUUCAUCUGUAUGUCUAUUUCAUUGAAGCUCCAUUUGGAGGCAUAUUUUCCUAAACUCAUAUAUAUAUAAAAUACAAGCUAAAUUGGCAAGUAUAUUAAAAUCAGAUACCAUACUGGAAUAUCAUCCGUGCAGAAAUUAUACUGGCCCUCAUGUUGACACUCUUUCAUAAGAUCCAGAAGAACCAAUGGUUUGAAGAACCCAGAGUGGGAUGGAGCCCAUCAACUGGCUCAUUUGACUGUGGUAUUGCCGGGGUGGGGUGGGUGGAUUACUGUUUUUAUACUGGAAUUUUGCUGUUUGUAAAUAAAUACAUUGCAGGCCAGCACUUGAUAAAAUAAUCAUGAAGCCUUGGAAAAGUUAUGCAAAUACUGAUGUGAUGUGUCUCUACCUACAAUAAAUAGAAAUUGUGCAUGC